AUGUUCUGCAUGAACUGCUGUGCAUGCCUGCAGUUUGCAAUGGUCGCUGAACGCUAUGUGGCGUUGUGGAAAUGUAACACCUACGAAGCCUUUGGGAAGCUGUUGGGAAUGGCUUUUGCAGCAAUCUCGGUUGCCGUGGCCUUUGCUGCUACGGCGUGGGUCGUGCGGAGAGAAGAGUAUACGGAAGCAGCACCAUACUGUACUGCAUCUUCACCACCUGCUUUGAAAAGAAUAUCGAUAUUAGGCUUCACUCUCUGUAGUGCGAAUGUAGCUACUUUGCUUAGUGUUGCCAUUUUGUUCAUUACCAACCAAAUUGCCAUUAAAAGGUUAAAUUUUGUUGUAGUGAUAGUAUAG